AUGUUCCGAGGCCGUGGUGCUGGACGUGGUGGCUUUAGCGGGCGCGGCGGGCGCGGCGGAAUGAUGAAUACCGGUCCGCCUGCCAACGUUAUUCCAUUCGGCGCAUUUGUGCAUGCCGUGGAGGGCGAAAUGUUUUGUGCGGGCACUGACCCAAAGCAUGUGCCGUAUUUCAACGCGCCCAUUUUUCUUGAGAACAAGUCGCAGAUUGGCAAGGUAGACGAGAUCUUGGGCCCGAUCAACGAAGUUUAUUUCACGAUCAAGACGGAGCCGGGAAUCGUUGCUGGCUCGUUCAAGGCGAACGACAAGGUUUACAUAUCCGACGACCGCCUGCUUCCGAUCGAGCGUUUCCUUCCAAAGCCAAAAUCGCUUUCCAAAGGGCCCAAGAGACGUGGAGCGGGGCGUGGCGCACCGGGCGGCCGCGGCGGUGCACGCGGCGGUCGCGGUGGAUUUGGCGGCGGUGGUGGAUUCGGCAGCCGCGGCGGAUUUGGUGCGCGUGGUGGCCGCGGCGGAUUUGGAGGACGUGGCGCACCGCGUGGCGCACCGCGUGGCGGCCGCGGUAGAUUCCGUGGCGGGGGCGGCGGUUUUCGUGGUCGUUCGUAA